GUUUGGAUUGACCUGCUAGCAGUUUUAAAUAACGUUGUUUCUUUUUAUGCAGACGUCGGCAUCUCCGUCUGUUUCUAAUGCGGCGCCACAGAAGCGCGGGCGUCCGCCUAAAGCUCGUGCCUCGGAAGAGAGGCCGGCGAAGAAGAAACGCGGACGCCCCCCAAAGCAUCGCCCUCCCUCCCCGCCACCGGCGCCCCCGGCACCGGCCCCCGCCCCCGCAGACAGCGAUACCGAGCCUGAGCCCAAGCCUACGCUGCAGGACACCAAGACUCAUAUAUUCCGCAAGGUCUUCACACCAAAAAAGGGAGACGAAUGCGGUGGUAAAGGUGGGAAAGGGGGUAAAGGAAAAGGGGGCAAAGGUAAAGGUCAGGUGACCAUCAUAGAAGUGACCGCCCCCGAAUCCGGCGCUGAUGAUGAUCAAAGGAGGAGCCGGGAAGACAGGAGGAAUGAGGAGGCCAUCGCUAGAGUAUCGCCCCCUCAGGAGCCGGAGGCCUUAACCAGGAGAAGGGAAGCGGACAGGGUGGCGAGCGAGAGGAUUCAGGAACGCAUCUCCAUAGAGAGGGCGGACCAUAGGCGAUCCGCUGAUAGGCUACCGGACCGAGCCGUCGAACGCACCUCUACCGACCGAAUAACAGAACGGAUAUCCGAGCGGAUACCGGACAGAGUCCCCGAGCGGAUACCAGAACGUAUACCGGAGCGUAUACCCGAACGGAUACCGGAGAGGAUGCCGGAGAGAGUUCCCGAGCGGAUUCACGAAAGGAUACCUGACAGAAUGCGGCCCUCAGACCGCGAUAAAUCCGCGGGUAAAAUGUCCAGCGAUAGAUCGUCGAGUGAUAAAUCUUACGACAGAGCCACGAACGAAAGGUUAUCUGUCGACAAAAUUUCACUCAAACGAUCCCCCCACGAACGGCAUUCGGGCGAAAAGAUCGAUAAAAUGUCGAGACUGUCCGACGAGAAGAUGGAUGUCGACAAGAUCGAUAGAUUCGAGAAACCUGCGGACAGAUUGGUGGACAAGUCGGACGAUAAAUCUGCGGCCAAGAUGGAGAGGAUGGGUCGAUUGGACUGCCUUAGCAGCGGGGACAAAAUGGAUCGGCUGGAGCGAGUGGAACGAGUUCCGGAGCGAUAUAUCCGAGCCGAAGCGGACGUCGGCUCCGGGCUGAAGACAGACAGGGGAUCCGAAAGAAUAGAAGACCCUACUUCGCACCCACAAUGUCGGGCGCGAUUAUUAGUUCGCGUACCGCUAUCGCGUCUGCGGGCGGACACAGUGCGAGCGUUACAGCGACCCAGGCGGGUACCUAAACGACCUGCCACUCCACCACAUGAUCAGACCGGGCCAUUGGCAGCGACCAAUCACGAGCGGUCCGCUUUAUGCGCGGGCCAGACACCCGUCUACUACAGUUACUUCGAGAGGCAGCCGGCUGAUGCCGUCUCAGACGAAGAGCGAGAUCACAAGUACUACCUUGAGGAAGCUACCCGUCUCCGAACGGCUGCUGAACGCGAGCAGGAACCACUAGCUCGCGUGAUGCUGUACCUCGAGUCAGUAUUAUGCUUCGUGCUCACGGGCCGCGUGCUCGAACUAGAGCUGGACACUAAGGGCGCGUUCACAAUAUACCGCGAGACCAUAGAGUACAUCAAGAGUAUACACUCUAUGCCGCAGAGGUUCAGAGCAUCGCCACACUCUACGUUCAGCAAGCUGGAUAUACUUAGUUUACGUGUACAAGCACUUCUUUAUCUGCGAAUGUUCAGAAUGUACAACAGUGAAGUGAAGGAAUACAAUAGAAUUGUUCAAGAAUAUCAACAAAAGCCGGCAAGCGCCGAAUCCGUAUCCUCGGUGUCGUCCGUAUCGCCGAUGUCCCCGUCUCCGUCGCCGGGCUCGCUCGGCUCGGUUGGCUCGGUCGGCUCAGCUGGCUCGGCAGGCUCGGCAGGUUCGGCCGGCUCGGCAGGCUCGGCCGGCUCCGCGGGCUCGGCCUCCUCGGGCUAUUGCUCGCUCACUCACUCCGUGCCAGCACACGCGCACAAUGCUCUACUACAGCUCACUAAAUACUACACGUUCCUGUAUGUAGCCCACGAUUUGUGGGAGAAGGCGGAUAAUCUAUGCAGACUCAGGGCCAAUAGGGAUCUAUUCAUCGCGGUGGACCGUAAGUGUGGCCCGUUGUCACUAUCGUCCACGUUCCGUCACUUGGUACAGUACGUACGUCACGCCAUAUCCCUGCUGAAGGCGGCGCCGCGCGAAUGACUACCGCCCCCCCGCUUUAAACAUUCUAAAGCGAAGAAAUAAGGCGUAUAUUGCAGCGGACGCACGGACGUAUACGACAGUGAAACAGUGCGGCGUGCUAACCGAAUCCCGGC